UACGGAAUCAUGUGUUUUGAGUCACUUGACACAUACCAGUCAUCUGAAAAGCUAUUCUCAUGUUUUUCAUCUAUGAAAAGCAACUGUCUUUUAUCAGAUUCUGAACAAGAUUUCAUUAUUUAUCAUAGAAUAGAGCACUGAGCAGCAACACUGAGAGUGUAAAGAAGAGAAAUGGUUAUAAUGGAGAUGCAAUCUUGGUCAAAGGAUGUUUUCCCUUUUGUUGCAAUGGUGUUGGUGGAAUGCUGUGAAAUGGGAAUGAUUACACUUGGAAAAGCAGCUAUGAAUGAUGGAAUGAGUAAUCUUGUUUAUGUUGUUUACUAUAAUGCCCUUGGUACCCUUCUUCUUCUUCCUUUCUUAAUCUUCCAUAGGUGCAGAAGCAAUAUGGCUCCUAUUACAUUGUCUAUACUGUGGAGAUUCUUCCUUCUUGGUCUGUUGGGAAUAUGUUUGCUGCAGGUCCUGGCCUAUACAGGUAUCAAAUACAGCUCUCCUACUCUGGCAGCUGCUUUAGGGAAUUUGAUGCCUGGUUUUACAUUUUUGCUUGCCAUCAUUUUCAGGAUGGAGAAGUUAGAUAUAAGAAAGGCUAGCAGUCAAGCAAAAUCUCUUGGCACCAUAGUGGCAAUUAUUGGAGCAUCUAUCAUGACUCUAUACAAAGGGCCAAAACUACUUGGAUCAUCUACUUUACCUUCUCAUUCAUCUCAUCAUCACUCUUUACUUUCACAAGAAUCAAAUUGGCUACUGGGAGGUCUUCUCAUUACCAUCACCUGCAUCAUGUCUUCUGGAUGGAACAUUCUUCAGACAGAUACGGUGAAGAAAUACCCUGAACAAAUGACAAUAGUGUUCUUCACUUGCUGCUUUGGGAGUAUUCAGUGUGCAAUUUUAACUCUGGUAUUAGAAAGAAAUCCAGAGGCAUGGAUGGUGAAGCCUGGGAUUGGAAUUAUAGCCAUUGUUUUCUCAGCUGUAUCUGGAAGUGUGUUUCGUUACAACGUUUUGACAUGGUGCUUGGACAAGAAAGGUCCUCUUUAUGUAGCGAUGUUCAAGCCCUUGGGAAUGGUAAUUGCAGCAAUCUUGGGGAUCCUAUUUCUUGCCGAAUCACUCCAUUUAGGAAGUGUUAUAGGAGCAGUUAUCAUAUCUGCUGGAUUUUAUUCUGUGCUGUGGGGAAAGGCCAAGGAGAUCAAGUCAAUGCUUGAGAUUGAGGACACUGUUUGUAUAAUUGACUCAUCAAGCCAAAGAAGCCCUUUAUUGCAAAAGUAAAUUUCAUUAAAAAAACACAUAAAAUAAAGUGUUACUUAUGGCCCUUUGACUAUGCUGCUCAGCCAUGUUAAUUAACACUACCCUUUCACAAGUAUUUGAAUGCAUUGGCGAGUGCUGCUUAAUUUCAGAUGAAGAUGAUAAAGGCUAGUGGAUGAGGCGUCAGAUAAACGAGACGCAAAUUAGCCACAAGUAGACCAGUACUACAUAGAAGAAAUGGAUUCAUGAUUUAAAUUUGAAGAAUUCAAUAUUUUUAUUUAUACGAUUGAACUCUGUAGAAUUUAAUAUUUAUAGAAAUUUUGGUUUUUCAAAUA